GAUGAGGUUCGAUUUAAUAGUUUCGCUCUCAUCCGGAUUAUUCUCGGCUUAAAAGGAAUUAGACCACCUGAAAUCGCGAGUCCUGAAUAGCAAGUGCUUUCGUGAGCCGUUACAAAGUAUCUUUUCGGGACCCUUCACCCAAUUUCGCGGUGUUUGUUUACUCCGUUCCGUGGUUGUGAUUUGUGAAUAUAUGCAUGCAACUGUGCUGCUUGGCUGGUUAAAUGUUUACGCGUGUGAAUUGUAAUGAAUGACUGUGCGUACGCCGAAAUACCGGUCGAACAAGUGUUCUGCGUGUGAAAAAGGCACCUACGAGUCCUUUCCACCUGUUCCCGAUGGGAUUUCGGUGGCGGUGCCUUGUCUUAGAAGUGUGUAAUGCAAACCUACUGUGCACCUAGUUCUCCGGUUACCACGGUUAGAAUUCUACCAUUUUGUUGUUUGCUCUAAGAAGAACGUGACCAGUGGCGAAAGUUGAGUGACCCUGCGAGUGCUUUUACACUAAUUAGGCGGCGUCGAAGAAGUGGAUUAGGGCUUGCCUGCGAGUAGUGAAGAAGGUGGAAAGAUGACUUGAGACACUUCAAUGGCCAGUUGUAGAGCACGAUCCAGCAAUGAAACGAACUCGCGGCGCUUGGAUCAAAUCCAUUGGAUUUAUCUUCAUAUUCCUGAUAUUAAAUUUAACCAAACUAAGCAGUUCGUAUCUGAUACUAGUUAACGAGUCCGACGAGCCCGGGACCGUCAUCUUCAAUGCAUCCGUUUAUAAAUUGGGCUCAGAACGCCAUUACAAACUCGACUCAUUCCGUAGCGCAUAUUUUGUACAUAAUUUAGUUCAAGUGAACCAUAAGACUGGUCAAGUAUCUUUGAAAAAAUCCUUAAAAUGUGAUGGAAUUCACUACCCGAACGUGUUUACGUUCUACGUUGACUCCACAACGAAUCAAUUGCGCAGUGUCAAUUAUUACAGCCUACCGUUGAGGAUUUACGUUACAGGCGAGCAUUGCAAGGACGAUGAUAGCAAUCAGGUGGAGGGUGUAUUGUAUGAGGAACAUGAUUCCUCCCCAUCAACGAGGCGGCGUGCCAGAGCUUCGAGUUAUGCUGAAAGACCCUCGAAAAAGAGUAACAACUCAUUAGCCGCGUCAUCAUAUAAUUUCCAUAACGAAAGAAGCCAGAAAAUAUUAUCCAUAAGGGGUAAAAGGCAUUCAAAUUUUUUGCAUAAACAUAGCCAAAACCUGCGUUCGAUAUCCCAUGCGAAACAAUGGGUCUCGGAGACACUUGCCUCGUAUGCAAUCUACACAACAGACAAGUGGAAUAAAAUUUGCCUGAAACAAUCGCAACUUGUGAAUAAUUUGAAUGCAUUCCUGCCACGAACGGUGAUUCAAUAUUGCCGUGUACGAUUCCUGGAUGCAUCUGACAUCAGAGUUAAGAUUGAGAGCAAAAAUCACGACUUGGUGGCAAGUGAUAAUGUGUGCAUUAGCGAGCCCAUGUGGAAAGUAAUUGUCACGUUUAAUAUCCAGUGUACGAGGAACGACAUCAUUGAUUCGGAUCACCGACUGAAAAUCAUAUACCACCACCAGGAGUUCAAUGAUACCGACAUUGCGAGGCGUGUGAGAAGGGAGCUCAGAAAUCAAAGUCCUUAUUUUGAGCAGGCAUUGUACGUGGCGUCUGUGUUGGAGGAGAGACCGCCUGGGGUGGUGGUGGCUACAGUUAGAGCACGUGAUCCCGAAGAUUCGCCAGUAGUGUAUUCAAUGACUUCUCUUUUGGAUUCUCGCUCGCAAUCACUCUUUAAAUUGGACUCGCACAGCGGGGUGGUUUCUACUUCAACGAGCCUAGACCGUGAGUUGAUGGAAGUUCAUUAUUUUCGAAUUGUUGCAACGGAUGACAGUUUUCCCCCUCGCUCUGGGACUACAACUCUGCAAGUUAAUGUUUUAGAUUGCAACGACCACAGUCCGGUGUUUGAAGCUGACCAAUUUGAUGCCUCAAUUCGUGAGGGUUCAACUGUAGGCUCGACAGUUUUGACUGUUCGUGCAACUGAUCAGGAUACCGGAAAGAAUGCAGAAAUAGAAUAUGUAAUUGAGAGCAUCAGCGGAGGAGGCUUGACUUCUAAGGAGCAGGAUGCGCAAACAUUUGGAAUUGAUAGCAGAAGAGGAGUGAUCACAACAAAAACUACUUUGGACCGAGAAGAAACCGAUGUAUAUACAAUCAUUGUAGUAGCGAUGGAUUCACCCAAAGUCCAGGCUGAGCGAAAGUCGGCUACGGCAACGGUUGUUGUGAAGGUUCUCGACGACAACGAUAACUAUCCACAGUUCAGCGAAAGAGCCUACAGUGUUCAAAUCAAAGAGGAUGAAUGGGAGAAUAAAGUUGUCGCUCAUAUAAAAGCCACGGAUGCAGACGAGGGAAACAAUGCAGCUAUUCGGUAUGCAAUUAUUGGUGGAAAUACUCAAUCCCAGUUUUCAAUAGACUCCAUGACUGGAGAUGUUUCAUUAGUUAAACCUCUCGACUAUGAAACCAAUCAAAACUUUCGCUUAGUUAUCCGUGCUCAGGAUGGCGGGAAUCCAUCAAGAAGUAACACGACCCAGCUCCUAGUGAAUGUAAUCGAUGUAAAUGACAACGCCCCUCGCUUCUACGUCUCCCAAUAUCAAGAAUCUGUUCUGGAAAGCGUCCCAGUCGGAUACAAUAUAGUUCGUCUACAGGCAUACGAUGCAGAUCAAGGAGCAAACGCCGAGAUUCAAUACAGCAUCUCAGAACGUGAUGAAAAUUUCCCCUUAACUGUAGAUUCGAAGUCCGGUUGGAUUCAAACAACGCGACAAUUGGAUCGCGAAGAGCAAUCUCGAUACGCAUUCCAAGUUCUAGCUACUGAUGGAGGAACACCACCUAAAUCCGCUAGUGCUAGCGUCAUUAUAAUUAUUCAGGACGUAAACGAUAACGAUCCAGUGUUUCAGCCAAAAUACUAUGAAGCUGCAAUAAGCGAAGAUGUUGCUCCAGGAAGUUCCGUUACAACAGUCACUGCCACUGAUCCUGAUGAAGAUUCACGUUUGCAUUAUGACAUUAUUUCGGGAAAUACUCGAGGUCGUUUCGCCAUUAAUGUACAGAAUGGAAAAGGAGUAAUCACCGUGGCGCAGCCGCUGGAUUAUAAGCAGGAACGACGAUUUCUCCUAACAGUGUCCGCAACAGACAAUGGAGGGCGAAUGGACACUGCGAAUGUUAACGUUAAUAUAACCGAUGCUAACAACUUUGCUCCUGUUUUUGAUAACUCGCCAUAUAGUGCGACCGUUUUUGAAGAUUCUCCAAUCGGAACGACCGUAUUGAUCGUCUCCGCCACAGAUAACGAUGUAGGGAUUAACGCUCAAAUUACAUACUCUUUACAAGAUGAGUCGAUUAAUGGGUUUUCUCAAAGCACUCCAUUUGCAGUGAAUUCAAAAACUGGAGCAAUCACGACAAUUGCUGCUCUUGAUCGCGAGAAGAUAAGUGCAUAUUUGCUUACCGUUAAAGCUACAGAUGGGGGCCAGCCGAGCUUCAGUGACACAACAGAUAUUGAAAUAGCUGUUACCGAUGUGAAUGAUAACGCACCGGUGUUUAACGUGCCUCUUUACCAAGCUUCGAUAUCAGAAGAUGCACUUAUCGGAACGUCUGUGAUACAAAUUUGUGCUGAAGAUGCUGAUAGCGGACUAAACGGUCGCUUGAAAUACUCUCUGAGCGAAAAGGAUGUCGAAGAUGGCUCAUUUAUAAUUGACCCCACUUCUGGUACGAUACGAACCAAUAAAGCGCUAGAUCGUGAAAGUGUUGCUGUAUAUCAUUUAAUAGCGAUCGCAACCGAUAAAGGAACACCAGCGAUGAGUGGCUCUGUAGAAGUUCAAGUCAAAUUAGAGGAUGUAAAUGAUUCUCCUCCAUCAUUUUCCGCUGAUAAACUGACGAUGUAUAUCAAAGAAAACUCUCCAAUUGGGUCUGUGAUUGGGAAUAUCGAGGCGCAUGACCCCGAUGAAGGUGUCAAUGCUAUCAUCCAAUAUUCGAUUAUCGGCGGAGAUGAUUCGAAUUCAUUCUCGCUAGUUAGUCGACCAGGAUCGGAGGGAGCACAGCUGCUUACCAUGACCGAAUUGGAUUACGAAUCUACGAAGAAACGCUUUGAGUUAGUCAUUCGUGCUGCAAGUCCGCCUUUGAGGAGUGAUGUUCAUGUUGAAGUUUUGGUGACGGAUGUAAAUGAUAACGCGCCCGUACUAAAGGAUUUCCAGGUUAUAUUCAAUAAUUUUCGAGAUCAUUUCCCAGUCGGUGAAAUCGGACGUGUACCUGCAUUUGAUGCAGAUGUUACAGAUCAAUUAACGUUUAGAGUUUUAUCUGGGAACAAUGCAGAUUUGAUUCGAUUAAAUACAAGCUCAGGAGGAAUCACGCUCAGUCCGCAAUUGAACACAAACGUUCCAAGACAAGCUUACAUGGAAAUAUCAGUUACGGAUGGAAUCAAUGAAGCAAAAGCCACCAUGCAGUUAAUCGUUCGCCUAAUCACAGAAGAGAUGUUGUUCAACUCUGUCACUGUACGUCUCAAUGAAAUGACUGAGGAAGCAUUUCUGUCACCUCUAUUAAAUUUUUUCCUUGACGGGCUCUCAGCUAUCAUCCCUUGCCCAAAGGAAAACAUAUUCCUAUUCUCCAUUCAAGAGGACCAGCACGUAACUUCUAGAAUCCUCAAUGUCAGCUUUUCGGCCAUGCGACCUGAUCUUACCAGCGAGGAAUACUACACAGCGAACUAUUUACAGGAACGGGUGUACCUGAAUCGGGCUAUUCUUGCUCGUUUGGCGACUGUUGAUGUCCUUCCAUUUGAUGACAAUCUAUGCGUUCGCGAGCCCUGCUUGAAUUUCGAACAAUGCUCUACGGUUCUGAAAUUUGGAAAUGCAUCAACGUUCAUUCAUAGUGAUACAGUGCUGUUUCGCCCUAUUUAUCCGGUAAAUACUUUUGUUUGCCAUUGCCCAGACGGAUUUACUGGCAGCAAGGAACAUUACUUAUGCGAUACUGAGGUCGAUUUAUGCUAUUCAACACCAUGCCAAAAUAAUGGUCGGUGUAUACGUCGAGAAGGUGGAUAUACCUGUGUUUGCGAGCAAGGAUAUUUCGGUGCCACCUGUGAAAUGUUCGUUGGAGAUCUAAAACCAUGCGAAACGGAUUUAUGCCGUGAUGGGCGAUCCUGUUUAUUGAGCGAUGACGUCAUUGAUCAGGAUUAUUUGUCUUACACACCAACCUGCGAGCUAAAGUCACGAUCCUUCGCUCGUAAUUCAUUUGCAACAUUUGAAAGUCUCCGAUCGCGUUAUCGAUUCAACAUCAAGUUACGAUUUUCAACCUUGGAAGAGAAUGGUCUAAUAUUCUACAACGGACGCUACAACGAACUUCAUGACUUUAUAGCGCUGGAAAUAAUUGACGGACAUAUGUCGUUCUCAUUUUCUUUGGGAGCUGCACAGAAAUCGGUGCGUGUUUUUCAAGCAAAAACUAUUUCGGAUGGAAUGUGGCAUACGGUUGAAGUGGUCUACUUCAAUCGGACAGCGACUGUGAUCAUCGAUGAUUGCGAUAGAGCCCUAGGAUUGAAAGGAAAUUUAGGGCCAAAAUGGGAUUGUGCAAAUCAAACAACUUUAGUCCUUGAUAGGAAAUGUUCAUCUGCCACAGAGCCUUGUCAUCGUUUCCUAGAUUUGACUGGUCCCUUUCAGCUGGGUGGAUUGCCAAAGCUUCCUGUCAAUUUUCCAAUUAAAACACGGGACUUCGUUGGAUGCAUUUCGGACUUGUAUAUCGACCAUCGUCUAAUAGAUCUGAAUUCGUUUAUUUCUGAUAAUGGGACCAUGGCCGGGUGUCCGCAAAAAGCACUCUAUUGUAUUUCCGAACCUUGUUUCAACGGCGGUACUUGUCAUGAAGGAUGGAAUGGUCAUAUCUGUUCUUGCCCUGAAGGAUAUACAGGCAAUGCAUGCCAAGAAAUUGCAUCGAUUCCAUGGAGAUUUUCUGAAAACAGCAUACUCAGCUUUAAUCCGCUUCUGCGACCAAUUCAAUUGCCUUGGCUAAUUGGUCUUUCGAUUCGAACGUGGCAAAAAGAUGCGUUUUUGAUGCAGAUACAAGUUGGACAAAACAGCUCGGUCGUCCUGGCUUUAAAAAGCGGUGCAUUAUAUUUCACGUAUGAAAAUGAAAGCCCACUUUUGUCUGUAAUUGAUCUCGCCGAUGGAAAGUGGCAUCGAAUUGAUAUCACCUGGGUUGGAUCGGACAUAAAACUCUCAAUAGACUACGACCAACGGAUUGGAAUCUAUCCAAUUUCGAAAAAGAUUCAGGGGCAGUAUGUCGGGAAGAUUGUUCUUGGGAAUAUUGACAAAACAAUGGCUGGUGCUGAGGAAUUCUACGGAUACGAAGGCUGCAUCCAGGAUAUCCGUGUUGGAGGAGUUCAAAGCGUGUUGAAUUGGCCAUCAGUGAGAGAAAACGUUGAAGACGGUUGCAGCUCGAAGGGCCGAUGUCCUAAAACUUGUCCCAAACACUCGCUUUGUGUUGAAAGUUGGGACGAGGCUCAUUGCGAAUGUUCAGCGGGCUAUGUUGGUCCCGAUUGCAUUCCAACGUGCGCUCUCAAUCCAUGCAUGUCAGGUGUUUGUCAUGCUGAUCAGGCGCUUCCAAAGUUUUAUCACUGCGAGUGUAAUACGACAUCUCACUUUGGCGAAUAUUGCGAAAAUGUCAUUGAAUUGCCUUGCCCAGCUGGAUGGUGGGGCGAGAAAGGUUGUGGGCCCUGCAAGUGCAAUGUUCGUCAAGGAUAUAAUGCAGAUUGCAACAAAACUACAGGGCAAUGCUACUGCAAAAACAAUCACUAUCAACCGGUGAAUGAAACGUCCUGUUUACCAUGUGAUUGUUACGCCGUGGGAUCUUUUGGAAGUGGUUGCAAUCAUCUCACCGGUCAGUGUGUAUGCAGGGAGGGCGUUAUUGGACGGCGAUGUGACUCAUGUUCUAACCCUUACGCGGAAGUUACUCUAACUGGAUGUGAGGUUGUGUACGAUGCAUGCCCACGAUCAUUUUCUGAAGGUGUUUGGUGGGAUCGGACGCUUUUGGGGCAAACUGCAAUACAGGAUUGUCCAGGGACGGCGAAAGGUAAAGGAUCCAGAGUCUGUGAUAUCGAAAUGGGUCGGUGGCAGUUUCCUGACAUGUUCAAUUGUACAUCAGAACCGUUUAUUGAACUUCGGAAGCAGUUGUCCCAAUUGGAAAACAAAGAGCUGGAACUCAACGCUUUCCUUUCGACGAAAUUAGCUCGUGAUCUGAAAUCAGCUUGCCAAAUAGUGGCCGGGGCGGAAAAUCCAACGAAACCAUUCGCUACAAUACGUACAAUUGAUUCAUUGUAUUCGUAUUACGACAAAAACGAUGCGAAACAUCCAAAAGAAGAAGAUACUGAAAUUAGUUUUUUGUCCGAUGAAGUGAAAUUUUCGCAUAAUCGUUUGUAUGGUGCCGACAUAUUAAUAAUUGAAGGUCUGUUACAUGAAAUCAUCAAUUUCGAGUUUACCCAGCGAGGACUCAAUCUUUCUCAUAGUCAGGAUAAAGAUUUCGUUGAUAAUAUGGUUUUCAGUGCAAGCGAAAUUCUUAACAGAGAAUACAAAAACGAAUGGGAUCGAAUUAAUGAUUUGGUUGACCGUGGUCCUCAAGACUUAGUCGAAGCUUUCACAAAAUAUAUGACCACCUUGGCCCAAUCACAGCAUGAUACCUACACUAAACCAUUCGAGGUGGUCCAUAAGAACAUGGCUUUUGGUCUGGAUAUAGUCACACCGGAAUCGUUAUUUGGUUACAAUACAGGAGAACAUGAUGAACCCAACAAGCAAAAGAUUGUCAGCACAAACAAACUAAUCACGGAGAAAGUUAUUGUUCCCGAUACAAGCGCAUUUUUCCAAUACUCUGCAAAAGGGAAGCAUAGCAUAUCUUUCCCAAAAUACGAUAACUACAUUCAAGACAAAACUAAGUUUGAUAAACACACCAAAGUCCUCAUACCAUUAAAUCUACUUGGGAUCAAAGUCCCUGGAGGCUCGGAAUUCAAACUGGAAUCAUCAGACUACCGCGCCAUAAUCAGUUAUACGCAAUAUCGAGAUGCAGGCACACUAUUCCCUGAAAUCUAUGAUGGAACAAUUUCCAGACGAUGGGGAGUCGAAGUACAAAUAGCAAGCGCCAUAUUUUCUUUAGUAAUACUAACGCCUGCCUCUAUUGAAGAUUACACUGCCAUAUAUAAAAAGGACAAUAAACGAAAGGAACAAAACAUGACUACACUAGAUUCUAUGACUAAUGGUAAAAAAUCCCCAAUGCAUGAAAACUCCAAUGAGAAGAUUGAAAUCAUGCCUCAUGUUGUUGCCUUCGAUGAACAGAGUCCUAACGAUGUUAACAAAGGGGGAAAUGAUUUCCCAUCCGCAAACAUUCCGAAGAAUCAAAACGACUCGCACAACAUCUAUCGACGUUCUGUCAACAGGGAAACUAAUCAAUCUGCGGACGACAAUCUUUCUUAUAAAACCCUAGAAUCUCAUACAUUGCUAUACCCAGUUCGCCUGCAGAUGCUGACAAACAUUAACCGGCUUAAAUUCGGACCGAGGCUCAAUCCGCAAUGCAUAAGAUGGAAUAAAUUAACUGGCAGCUGGACGAGAUUAGGAUGUCAAACGGAAAUCCCUAACUACAAACUGAACAGCAUGGACCAGGACAUCUACAUCAACUGCACUUGCACCCAAAUUUCAACGUAUGCCGUUUUGGUGGAUGUCGUUGAUUUCGAAGACAUCCCAGAACCAUCGCUCUACGUCCAAAUUGCUAUGUACUCCUCAUUUCUACUCGCUUUGCCCAUUCUUGCAAUCGUACUGAUAGCGUUGAUUAUUCUGCGUGGAACACAAACAAAUUCAAACAACAUCCAUCAGAAUAUUGUCCUGUGUAUAUUCUUUGCGGAACUUUUGUUUUUCAUUGGAAUGCAAGCGAGAAAAACGAUGGUUGAUAAUGAAUUCCUGUGUAAGCUGGUUGCAAUUUUGUUGCAUUAUACUUGGCUUGCGGCGUUUGUUUGGAUGACAAUCGAUUGCAUCCAUUUGUACCGGAUGCUUACUGAGAUGCGAGAUAUUAAUCAUGGACCGAUGGGAUUUUAUUUUUCAUUGGGAUAUGGAGCGCCGGCGAUUAUCGUAGGUUUGGCUGUGGGCGUUCGAGCACAUGAGUAUGGAAAUAGUUUAUUCUGUUGGUUGUCGGUCUACGAACCUGUGGUCUGGUGGUUAGUGGGGCCUAUUUCCGGAAUGUCUAUCAUCAAUCUGUUCAUCCUCUUCAUGUGCAUCAAAUCGGCUUUUACGCUCAAGGACCACAUUCUCGGUUUUGGCAAUUUGCGAACAUUGCUACUACUUUCAGUGAUAUCCUUACCACUGAUGGGAAUCGUGUGGGUCCUAACAGUUUUGGCGGCUUCAGAAAACUCGCAACUUUUAAUCCUAAUGCUGUGCAUUGCUGUACUCGUUCAUGCAAUAUUUUGCAUAGUAGGAUAUUGUGUUGUAAAUCAACGCGUUCGAGAUAACUUACGUACAACAUUCCUUCAAUGCAUGGGCAAAAAAGUGCCAUUAGUGGAUUCUUCGAAUGUUGUUGAGAAUCGAGCUCAUACGAUGAUAUCGACCGCCCAUGGAAAUAGCUUUUUGAGUGCAGCAUACGACGGCAAUAAACGAAAUAUUGGAAUUAGUGCUUCGAGUACAACAUCAAGAAGUACAGCGAAAACAAGUUCGAGUCCAUAUAGAAGUGAAGAUCAUUUGCGCCACACUUCAACAUCAACCUCUAAUUAUAACUCCGCUAAUGAAUAUAUGGGAUACAUUCCGGGAUAUCCGACUCGAACGGAAAAAGAAGGGCGGCGUGAACAGAGAAAAGCAUCUGAAUCAGGAUCUGAAACAGACGCACGUAGUUUAGAACUCGCAUCAAGUCAUUCUAGUGACGAUGAAGAAUCAAGAGUGGGACGGGAAAAUGCAAUUCAUCGAAAUAUAGGAGUCAGCACUACACAUUACCUACCGAAUAUAACUGAACACGUUCAAGCUACGACUCCACCUGAACUUAACAUCGUACAAAGCCCACAACUAUUCCCUAAUGUCAAUAAAUCAGCUUAUGUUUCACAAUGGUCGAAUCAUGUGUCGAGUCUCUACAGACCAUCUCAACCGAAUGCGGAGCGCUGGUCACAAGAAACCGCUUCGGACAACGAUAUUUUAUCGUAUAAAGUAUCGAGAUCAUCCUCAAAUAUGUUACCCAAUCCAGAUGUAACGGAUGUGUCACAUCUUGACCGUUACGAGAAUAAAAUGUAUAUGCAGCCAUCAUUGUUAGAGAACACAGAAUUUGCUCAAGGCGGCAUAAACAGUUCGGAUUGCAACACGAUUGGGUCGCAUGGAAAAAUGGGAUAUGAUCAAAUUAGUAGAAGUCAAACUUUGAGACGAAAUUGCUAUGAUCCGGAGAGUAGACUGGGCUAUCCAUACGCAUUUGAUCAACCAAAACAUGAUGAUCCACUGUUCCCUAACAUGGAUCAUAUAGACCACCGACUAGCCAAACCAUCAUUCCUCAUCAAAGAUCGAAAUCCAAACGACAUUUUAUGUUUACGAGAAAAUUAUCAUUUCAAGCAACCUGAGAUGGGGUUGCAAAAUGUGCCUCCAAUUUUAGAAAAUGAGUGUCAUGAGAGCCAGGAAAAGCAUUUAGAUUGCAAUUCAGAGCGGAUAUCUGAGGGAUCUGAUAAAUUUGGUUAUCAUUUCCCCUUCACGGCAGAAGAGGAUCAUCUACACAACGGAGCGUGCCGCACUUCGUUCGCAAAUGUUGGAUUUGAUCCAGAAGAUUGCAAUGUACUUAGCCAACUGUCACCUGGACAGGGGUCCUGUUUGCCAUCGCCAGUACUUCAUAGCACGUUAGCGAAUUCAGGAGAUAAUGUAAAUAUUGAAGAUGACGAGACAACAGUGUGAAAGUAUUUUUUAUAAGAACAUGAAUGUAGAUGGGUAAGGUUUUAUAUGCAAUUUUAAUUUAUUGUAAUAUUCAAGAAUCUGUCUCGCUUUUGCGUGCAUUAUCAAAAAGACCCAGUGAGUAAAUUUAAGUUAAACAUACGCAGCCAGAUAUAAGCCAUUUAAUUUUAAGUUAUUGUGUAAGUCACGACCUGCUUUUAUUAUAUUUAAAAUAGCGAAAAACAACAAAUGUUUAAGUUUAGCGAAAUAAUACUCGAUAUAAACACGAAAUAAGGAGAUUUUGUACAACUUUUCUACGAAUUUAAGAACAAAUUUGACUUAAUGUGCAUACUUGAACUGAUUUAAUACAAUGCUUAUUUAUA